AUGGCUGCACUGGAGGACGUAGCCGCCGUUAUGUUGAGAGUUAUGCUGAGGAAAAGCAUGUGCAUGUUUGAAGGUAUAGUAUACACGUUAAUGCAGGUCGCCUCAUUGUUGGUCUCUACAAUGAGAUACUCAACCUCGCGAAUUGCUCAUCCUGCUGCUGCUGCUGCUGGUCCUGUCUUGGCCAGCUACUCUCCCAUUUCGGCCGCGGUGGCACCUGUUCGACAUUGA